AUGGCCAACAACCGCAUGGACGGCAUGGAUGGGAUGGAUCUCAACAGCCUCAACUAUACACAGCUAAUCCCUUACAAUGAGACUGCGGCGACAGGCGGAGAUUCGUUAACACAAGAUCUCAAUGUCCAUUAUCAGUCCGGCGAUAUCGCCUGGAUGCUUGCAUCCACCGCCCUCGUACUUCUCAUGAUUCCGGGAGUUGGUUUCUUCUAUUCCGGCCUUGCGCGACGGAAAUCCGCCUUGUCCUUGAUAUGGCUCUCGAUGAUGGCAGUAGGCGUGACGUCCUUCCAGUGGUUCUUCUGGGGCUACUCGCUGUCGUUCUCCCAUACCGCCGGUAAAUUCAUUGGGGAUCUAGAAAAUAUUGGCUUGCGGAACACCCUGGCGCAGCCGAGUGUGGGGAGCAAGAAAAUACCUGAUCUACUGUUUGCCGUGUACCAGGGCAUGUUUGCCAGUAUUACGGUCGCCUUAGCCAUGGGUGCUGUUGCAGAAAGAGGCCGCAUGCUUCCUUGCGUUAUUUUCAUGUUUAUUUGGUCGACGGUUAUAUACGACGCAAUUGCGUGCUGGACUUGGAACCCUGCGGGAUGGUCUUAUCAAAUGGGAGGCCUAGACUUUGCCGGUGGCACACCGGUGCAUAUUUCUUCUGGCUCGACAGCACUCGCGUACUCUCUCAUGCUUGGGAAAAGACGAGGUCAUGGCACACAUGAACUGAACUUUCGUCCCCACAAUGUCACUCAGGUCAUCGUUGGCACCGUCUUCUUGUGGGUAGGAUGGUUUGGCUUCAAUGCUGGCUCGGCAUUGAGUGCAAGUCUACGCUCCGUUAUGGCGGCCGUUGUAACGAAUCUUGCAGCUAGUGUUGGCGGAGUCACUUGGUGUUUACUCGACUAUCGGCUUGAAAGGAAAUGGUCAGCUGUCGGGUUCUGCUCUGGCGUCGUUGCUGGUCUAGUCGCCAUCACACCAGGCUCUGGAUACGUACCAGCCUGGUCCGCCGUUGUAUACGGUGUAGUAGCUGGCUCCGCUUGCAAUUACGCUACAAAGCUCAAGUUUCUACUCGGCAUCGACGAUGCGCUCGAUAUCUUUGCGGUUCAUGCCAUCGGUGGUCUCGUUGGCAACCUGUGCACAGGAUUGUUUGCCGCAGACUACAUAGCUCACCUUGACGGCUUCACAGUCAUCAAAGGCGGAUGGCUCAAUCACCACUGGAUUCAAUUAGCAUAUCAGCUUGCCGAUUCCGUCGCCGGAUUCGCUUAUGCUUUUGGCGGUUCCUGCCUGAUACUUUUUGUCAUGAACCUUAUACCCGGGUUGAAACUCCGCGCGAGUGAGGAAGCAGAGGUGCUCGGCAUGGAUGAUGCAGAAAUCGGCGAAUUUGCCUACGAUUACGUUGAGCUGACCAGAGACGUCAUCAAUGGCGAUGCUCUUGGAGACACAGACAUGUUAAGCAAAUACAGCGGGGAUGAGGGAAGCGUGAUAGGGAAUCAUGAGAAAAGUUAUACUGGGCGAAGUGAUGAAGAGGCUCUGAAUGGACGAUUGAGGUGA